CGAUCCGCCCGUCCUCUCCAAAGAUCAGAGCAAAACAGGCAGCGAAAAGUACAGCAGACAGGGAAAAAAGAAGAGAUAGCUUUGCACGGGAUUCGCCGGCGCCGCCGCGGAGCAGCACAAGCACAGGCAGCAGCCAGCAGCAGCAGCGAGCCCCGGCGAGCGAGCGAGGAUGCACUCCUUCGGGCACCGCGCGAACGCGGUGGCGACGUUCGCGCUGACGAUACUCGCCGCCAUGUGCUUCGCCGCCUCCUUCUCCGACAGCUUCAACUCCCCCACCCCCGCCGCCUCCGUCAAGAUCCUCAACAUCAACUGGUUCCAGAAGGAGGCCAACGCCAACGACGAGGUUAGCAUGACGCUGAACAUCUCCGCCGACCUUUCGUCGCUCUUCACGUGGAACACGAAACAGGUGUUUGUUUUCGUGGCAGCUGAGUAUGAGACUCCACAAAAUGCCCUGAAUCAAGUGUCCCUUUGGGAUGGAAUCAUACCGGCGAAGGAGCACGCCAAGUUCUUGAUCCAUACCACAAACAAGUACAGAUUUAUCGACCAGGGGAGCAACCUGAAGGGCAGGGACUUCAACCUGACGAUGCACUGGCACAUCAUGCCCAAGACGGGCAAGAUGUUCGCGGACAAGAUCGUCAUGACGGGGUACCAGCUCCCCGAGCAGUACAGAUAGGCCGCCGCCAUCUCUGAACAAGAGCUGCUAGCCCUAUCUAUAUAUGGUCCGCUGUGCUGUGCAAACGCAGGAAGGGUUUAGUGGCAGUGGCAGUGGUUGCGUUGCUGGCGCCGGGCCUUUUUUGCUCUAAAUCUUGGCGGGACAGGACAUGUAAACUUGCUCAUGAGCUUGUAUGUUGGCCGAAUAUGCGCGAGACGAAACCGUAAUGUUAACUGUCUGAAUGCGAAACUUUGAUGGUAGCAA